UUUUGAAUAUUUAGUUGCUACUUUAUUGCCCUUUUACCCACCAGAGCAGUUGUUUGCUCUGUUCAUCUCUGCACUUGAAGUGUACAGUAGCUUUUGGUCUAUAGUAGGGGUGUAGUAAAAAUUAUUUGCCUCCCUCUUUAAAAAAAGGUUGAUAACCGGAUUCUAUAAAAUUCUUCAAAUUCAGAGGUGAGAAAGCUUGCUGUAAUCAAGAAUUGGCAAGCAACUGGGUAAGUGCUGGAGAAACAGGUCAGGAACUGAAGAGCAGAUCUCAGUGGCUUUGUAUUUGAGAUGAAAAGUUAUAGAAUGUAGGAGGGUAGAGAACAGACGUUAAAGCAGCCAUGUGUGGAGACCUAUGCCAAUAAUCCCAAUGCAAAGAGACCCAAGUUAGAGGCCAGCCUGGGCUACAGAGCAAGAUCGUACCACUCGCAUACAAAGCGCAUUCCACAGAAACCAACAAUGAUAGGCAAGGAAGGAUGGAUACAAUGUAAAAGAAAGACAGAAAAUUUCAAACACGGUGAAUAACUUCUUGCAGUGGAUACUAAAUGAGGGUGAGGUCCACCUCCUAUGCGCCUUGGGCACUAGUGAACUUCAUUUCCCACCAUGCAUCGCGUCACGGAGGUGGCGUUUUUGGACCACAACUCCCGGCAUGCCGCCUGUCCCGGCGGCGCGGCCCGGAGCUGGUUUGACGGGCGGAGCGGCGGCGGAGGAUGGAGGCGGUGGUGUUCCUCUUCUCGCUCCUCGACUGUUGCGCGCUCAUCUUCCUCUCCGUCUACUUCAUCAUUACAUUGUCUGAUUUAGAAUGUGAUUACAUUAACGCCAGAUCAUGUUGCUCAAAAUUAAACAAGUGGGUAAUCCCGGAGUUGGUCGGCCACACCAUCGUCACUGUGCUGAUGCUUGUCUCCCUGCACUGGUUCAUCUUCCUUCUCAACUUACCUGUCGCCACGUGGAACAUAUACAGGUUCAUUAUGGUGCCAAGUGGUAACAUGGGAGUAUUUGAUCCAACAGAAAUACACAACCGGGGACAGUUAAAGUCACACAUGAAAGAAGCCAUGAUCAAGCUUGGUUUCUACCUGCUCUGUUUCUUCAUGUAUCUCUAUAGUAUGAUUCUAGCUUUGAUAAAUGACUGAAGCUGGAGAAGCCGGGUUGAAGCCAAGCUAUACUACACACUGCACAAUUGAGGAGCCAGAGACUACUAAACCACCCUUAGAACCAUGACCAGAGCAGUAUAUAUUUUGGUCUUUGAACAAAAAAACUAUUUUUGCUGUAUUUUUACCACAUAAAGUAUUUAAAAAAAAAUAAAUUGAGUUUUUGUAGAUUUCUGAUUUCUCAACUCCA